AUGAGCACGCUUAGUAGAAACGGCAAUGAGAGAUUGAGAACGGUGUGGACGCCUGAAAUGGAUCAGUAUUUCAUCGAGCUAAUGUUGGAGCAGGUGAAGAAAGGAAACAGAUUCGACGAUCAUUUGUUCAGCAAACGCGCUUGGAAGCUCAUGUCUUCUUCCUUCACCGCGAAAUUCAAGUUUCCUUACGGCAAAGACGUUUUGAAAAACCGGCACAAGACGUUGAGGAACUUGUUUAAAUCCGUCAAGAAUCUUUUGAGAGAAGAUGGUUUUAGCUGGGAUGAAACCAAACAGAUGGUGGUUGCUGAUAAUAGCGUUUGGGAUCAGUAUCUAAAGGGUCAUCCUAAUUCAAAAUCUUUACGGAUAAAGUCGAUACCUUUUUACAAAGAUCUGUGUUUGAUUUACACUGAUGGAUUGUCUGAGCUGAAAGCUCAGGAGAAUGUUACUGAGGGAGAAACAAACACUCAGAUUGAGGAAGAUGAAGGUUACAACAGAGCAUGUGAAUCAAAAGGAAGCAGCAUAACACGGAGCAGGACUACUUGGCAUCCUCCAAUGGACCGGUUUUUCAUCGGUCUGAUGUUGGACCAAGCGAGAAGCGGAAACCAGAUUGACGGUGUUUUCAGGAAACAAUCAUGGACUGAGAUGGUUACUCUCUUCAACGCGAAAUUCGAGUCUAAUUUUAACGUUGAUGUCUUGAAGAAUCGGUACAAGACUCUGAGAAGACAGUUUAACGCAAUCAAGAGGCUUCUUCGAUCAGAUGGGUUUGCUUGGGAUGAUGAGCGUCAAAUGGUAACAGCUGAUGAUAAUGUCUGGCAAGACUAUAUAAAGGCACAUAGAGAUGCAAGGCAAUUCAUGACUCGGCCAAUUCCGUACUACAAAGAUUUGUGUGUGCUCUGUGGCGAUUCCGAGAUUGAGGAAAAUGACUGCUUCGAAGCUAUGGACUGGUUUGACCCAGAAACAGAGUUCCAAGAGUUCAAGUCCAGUGAAACAACAGAUUUGCCUGUUUCAGCUGAGGAAGAAGAUAGCAAUUCUCUUUUGUUUGACCCCAAGAACAAAAGAGAUCACCAACAACUUGAUACUACUGAUACAAACCCUAUAAACUCAAAGAAGCCUCGAGUUGAUGAAACCGAAACUAAAACCAUAGCAAUAGAGGACGCAGUUGAAGCUAUUCAAGCGUUACCAGACAUGGACGAGGAGCUUAUAUUAGAUGCUUGUGAUCUGCUUGAAGAUGAAAUAAAGGCGAAAACUUUCUUGGCUUUAGAUGUGAAACUACGCAAGAAGUGGUUGUUAAGGAAACUCCGGCCUCAAGUAAGCAAUGUAGAAGUUUGA